AUCUCUCUCUCUCUCUUCUUUUUUUAAAUUCUUUUUGUGAUGGUUCAAUUAACCGCCAUUGCAGUUCUCGUUGCGUCUGCUUGUACGUUUGUGCAGGGCCACUAUAUGGGAAAGCGAGACCCAGCACGGGAUUACUACACGUUGAAGGCACCAAACGAUGGUUUAGCGUCAGCCCAGCUUGUGGCUCGUGAACUGAAUGUGAGGUUUGAAGGACCCAUUGGUGAAUUGGAUGCUUGGUACAUGGUCAGUUCACCCAAAACCAACAAAAGAGACGCAGAAGACCCUAUCCUAUCAAAGUUUCAAUACUAUAAAACCACGCUUCGGAAACGAGAUUCGAGUCAUUGGCAAAACGUCGAAUCGAUUGACAAGCAAGUUUUAAAGAGACGCACAAAGCGUGGCCCGAUCCCCCAACCUCCUUUGGCAGAGGUACAGAAAACCUUAAAUAUGACUGAUCCUUGGUUAGAGAAGCAGUGGCAUUUGAUUAAUCAAGCGAAUGUAGGUAACGAUAUCAAUGUUACAGGCGUUUGGGAACAAGGUAUCACCGGUAAAGGUGUCACAGUAGUAAUUCUUGAUGAUGGGUUGGACUAUAAAAGUAGAGAUUUAAAGGAUAAUUUCUUUGCUGAAGGCUCGUACGAUUUCAAUGAUCAUGAAGAUUUGCCUACACCAAAACUUUGGGAUGAUAGUCAUGGAACUAGAUGUGCUGGUCAAAUUGCAGCUGUCAAAAACGAUGUGUGUGGUGUCGGUAUUGCCUAUGACUCUAAAGUAGCUGGUGUUCGUAUCUUAUCAGGCGAUCUCACGGACGCCGAUGAAGCCAUCGCAUUGAAUUACCAAUAUCAGAAGAACCAUAUCUUUUCUUGUUCGUGGGGUCCUCCCGAUAACGGAAGGACCAUGGAAGCUCCCAACGGUAUUCUAGCGGACGCUUUUUAUAACGGUAUUAAGAAUGGUAGAGAGGGAAAGGGGUCCAUUUAUGUUUUUGCUACCGGAAAUGGAGCUGUAUCUGGUGAUAACUGUAAUUUUGAUGGGUAUACAAACAGUAUCUAUACAAUCACAGUGGGCGCUAUCGAUCAUUUAAAUGAACAUCCUCCUUAUUCAGAGAGUUGUUCUGCUCAAUUAGUUGUGACUUAUUCAAGUGGUAGUGGACAAUAUAUUCAUACAACUGAUGUAGGAGCAAACUCCUGUUCAGAUAGACAUGGUGGUACUUCUGCUGCUGCACCCAAUGCUGCUGGUAUUUUUGCGCUUGUUCUUUCAAUUCGACCUGAUUUGACAUGGAGAGAUCUUCAAUACCUCUGUGUACAAACCGCUGUCCCUAUCAACCUGGAUGACAAUGAUUGGAAACCUUUACCUUCUGGCAAAUUAUACAACCAUAAAUAUGGAUAUGGUAAAUUAGAUGCUUAUUUGUUAGUGGAAGCUGCCAAAACGUAUAAAUUGGUCAAUGUACAGACAUGGCUGGAACUGCCCAGUCCUCAAAAGAGAAUUGCUAUUCCUGAUUCCACCAAUUUAAAAACCAGAAAAGCCUUAAAGAAUAUCGUGCUUGUGACAGAGGAUAUGGUGAGAGCAGCCGGUCUGCUUCGUUUGGAACAUAUCACGGCCACUGUCAAUAUCCAACAUCAACGACGUGGUAACGUUGUCAUUGAUCUCGAAAGUCCUAGUCGUAUUAAAUCAGAGUUGGCCACCAGACGAAAUUUGGAUGAUGAUCAAACCGGUUAUCAGAACUGGAAAUUCAUGACAGUCAAGCAUUGGGGUGAAGAUCCUGUUGGUAAUUGGACUUUGAGUGUAUAUGAUGUGGAUCAUCCCGAUUCUACUGGAUUCAUGUUGAACUGGACCUUGGCCUUGUAUGGUGAGCAAGAUCCUGAGUUCCUGGGUACACCUAUUCACUAUUCUUCGGGUAUCCACCAAGAUGAAGAGCAUGAAUUACCUGAAACAUCCACAUCCACACAUACAACCAUUUCAGAUAGCACACCUCCAAGACCUACACCUAACAAAGUAAGCAAGACUACCACUAAGUCAUCUUCCACCACCACCAAAAAGACUACCACUACUAGCAGUAGCAGCAGCAUGAGUAGCAGUAUAACCGAGGAGGCAAGUACCACUACUUCAGAGAUCACAAGCAGCACUGAAAAGUCUAUCAAUGAAACAGAAAAAUCAGAAAAUUCAUCCUCUACACAAAGUGAUACUGUAGAGGACGAAGGGACUACAGAGACUAGUGGAUACUUGACCAUCGUGUACAGUGUUUUAGGUUCUGUGGCAAUCUUUGGUGUAGCUUCAGCCAUUUUCCUUUACAAAAAGGGCAGAUGGCAAUCAGCUUCAGUAAGCGAGACAUUUACUAGUGAUAGACGACCUGAUGGCUAUGAAUUUGAUGUAUUGCAACCUUUAACAGAACUAGACGAAGAAGAAUCUGAUGAUGAAGAAGAUACUAGACCUUUAAACCAUUAAAAAUUUAAGUCACCGCCCCCCUGUGUAUUCCUUUUUUUUUUUUUUGCCGCAGAAUAAAGUAGACGUUUUUUUUUUUUUAUUGUUC